AUGGAGAGUACAGUUUUGUCUAUAAUUCAACAAAGAUGGUCUGACCAACUUCAUCAUCCUUUACAUGCAGAUCCUAUUUUGUUGAGAGAUGUAGAAGAAAAUGAUGAGUGGACGAUACUGACAGAGGCUGAACUUCAAGACUUUGUGGAUUCACGUGAUGGUCUUCUUUGGUCGGAUGUACGAGAAGCGAUGGGCGGAAAUGUAGACAUUAGGCCUAGUACGAGGAGCAAAAAGGAGCAUUAUAGAGAUGAUGAUGAUGAUAAUGACCAGACUAGAGUUGAAGUGGAAGAUGAUGUGUAUGUGGACCUUGAUGUAGAAGUGAACGCAUUAGACGAUGUUGACUCGGAAGCCGAACCAGUGGAUUAG